AUUCCAGGCUGCGACGUUGAAAGAGGGAUAACAAAACCGCGGCCAGCAAAGUGUUCUCUAGGAGGAGAUCAGAAGAAACAAGCUUAAUACCAAUCGGUGUUAGUCCCCAGACGACGUCAUGGCCCGCUACGACCGCGCGAUCACCGUCUUCUCACCAGAUGGCCAUCUCUUCCAGGUGGAGUACGCUCUCGAGGCCGUCCGCAAGGGAAACGCCGCCGUCGGUGUCCGUGGUAUUGAUACCAUCGUCCUUGGAGUCGAGAAGAAGGCUACUCCAAAGUUACAGGACUCCAGAACUAUGAAGAAGAUCGCGAGCCUCGACAGCCACAUUGCCCUAGCAUGUGCGGGUCUCAAAGCCGACGCGCGUGUCCUCAUCAAUCGCGCCAGGAUCGAAUGCCAGAGCCACCGUCUUACACUUGAGGAUCCGGUCACCGUCGAGUACAUCACCCGAUACAUCGCCGGCCUGCAGCAGAAGUACACUCAGAGCGGCGGUGUUAGGCCUUUUGGCCUCUCCACGCUCAUCGUCGGCUUCGAUCCCUACACCGGGGCGCCGUCGCUUUACCAGACAGAUCCCUCUGGAACUUUCUCGGCUUGGAAAGCGAACGCCACCGGGAGGAACUCAAAUUCCAUGAGAGAGUUUCUCGAGAAAAAUUACAAGGAGACUUCGGGCCAGGAGACAGUCAAGCUGGCUAUCCGGGCGCUGCUCGAGGUUGUCGAGAGUGGGGGUAAGAACAUAGAGAUCGCUGUGAUGACAAAAGAGGAUGGUCUUCGCCAACUCGAGGAGUCGGAGAUCGACGCCAUUGUUGCUGAGAUUGAAUCAGAGAAAGCUGCAGCUGAGGCUGCAAAGAAGGGACCUUCAAAGGAAACCCAACCCUAAUUUCACUCUUCUUCACUGUAAGUCAUAAAUUGUUUGUUUGCCUUUAAGUAAAAAGAUUUAUUCCCAAUGAGAAUCGAAGCCAUCGAACAUUGAUAGAAUGCUUAUUAUUGCCUUCCAUAUGUUACCGAAAAAACAAUAACUUACAGAUACUGUAUUAAAUCAACUUUGUUUUCUCUGUAAAACUGCAUUAAAAUAUUUA